UAGCUUAUUGUUCCUUUCAGCUUUCUGCUGAGAGGAUCUGAAGGGCUGCUGAAGAGAGGGGAGAGGGGAAAAAAAAAAAGAAAAUAGCCAAGGCAGUGGCAUCUCUGUGGAUGUGGAAUAAGGGAGUCGCUCGGCUGGCGCAGAUUCCCGGGCUAAGUCGGGAGUUACAGCUGUUACUGCGGAGCUCUCAGCCUGGCCGUGGGGACGGCGCCGGGGCACAGGCACAGACCCAGUCUCGCUCCAGGCUCUUCUCUCAUCUAUCUCACCUCAGCAUCACCAUGGAGCCCAACAGCCCCAAAAAAAUACAGUUUGCUGUGCCCCUGUUUCAGAGCCAAAUAGAUCCUGAGGCAGCUGAGCAGAUCAGGAAAAGAAGGCCUACGCCAGCAUCACUCGUCAUCAUGAAUGAACACAUGCCCCCGGAAAAAGAUGAGAAGAGAACAAAUAUCUCACAGGCAGAGUCGCAGAGUGCCUCUCCCAAGCAGAGGAAGCAGAGCGUCUUCACCCCACCUGCCCUCAAAGGGAUUAAGCAUCUGAAGAGUCAGAGUGACUCAGUGUUUCCAGAAGAAGAAGAGGGACUUGGCGAGCGGGAAGAGGAGUGGGGCCACUAGCCCGCGCAGAGCCGCCCCGAGCCCGUCCCGGAGUCACCGCCCUGCCCCGGCCCCGCCGUGUCCUGCCCCGCCCGCGGCUCCCGGCAGGGCCCGGGGGGCUCUGCAGGCACUGCACACGUGUCCUGUGACCCUUCUUCCCGGAGACAAAACUGUUAUUUUAAAGUCAUUUUUUUCUUUUAUUUUCUAUGACUUAGAAAUGUAAUUCGCAAAUGUGUUAGCUCCCUGACGUCAGUACUGCCAGAGCUUAACUACUGCGUGUGAGCUGUAUCUAAGGCUUGUUGUAAAUAAAAGUGAUUUAAAAGGUACAGAAUAAAUAAUACAUUAAUUUAGGCAA